CUGCGGUACGCUGACUUCACUGCUGCGUUCAGUGGGAGUGUGAGUGCCGACCGCCUUGUGUUUGCGACGAACCUGCCGCACUGGGCCGAUGAGAAGACGGAGUCCGAGACCGUACGGAAGUUCCACGCUGCUGUGACAGAUGAGAAUGAGUGGACGCCGCUGUCACUGAGAGCCUUCGUUUCUACCCGACUUGUACAGACUGUUCUUUCACGGAUGGAUAUUGUGAGCGCGGACACCCUGAGUGAUUUCUUCUUUAAAAAUAUUAUUAUUACUUUGGAUGACAUGGUGUAUGGAUCAUUUGCUGAUGGGAGUGAGUGUGUUCAGCAUGGUAUUGUUGAUACUGCAAAGUGUGUUGUUAAUUACGGAGCAACACGUAUUUCUGUGUGGUCGAUGUCCCGUGCGCUGGACCCCACUGUGCCGGAGCUGUUUCCACCNUUUCAACAACACAAGACGCUGCUCGUGACACCCUUCUCAAAACCAUUGGUGAGAAACGUAUUCACGCAGUUGCUGGCAUUGUCACGGAGGCGAUGUUGGAUGUCCCGAAUGUGA